AUGUUAUGUAUGUUCGUCGAUUCGGUAAAUAUUAAUAGCGUAAUUGAUGUUAACUUUAUAUUUUCUCUAUUAAUCUCUAUAAUUUGACAAAAAUCGUGAUCAAAUUAUAACCUAGUAAUGCUCAUUGGCCUCACUUUUUGUUUAUGCACUAUGUUUUCGUUUCUGUUUUGUUUCGACUUGUCAGUUUUACAUUUUUAUUUGAUGUUUUUGAUAUUGUACUCAACUUUUGUUUUUUUAAUCAUAUAGAUGUGGUUAAAUUUAAUACAAUUUAUUUAUUUUGAAAUAUUUUUGUGUAAAUAUUUAUAUAAUUUUUUCCAUUUUUGUAAUUUUGUUGCAAUCAUUUGUAUAUAAAUAUCUAUUUUAGACAUAUUAUAAUUUAUCAUUUGUUGACAUAACAAAAUAAACUUGUAUCAAAUAAUCAAUAAUAUCUAAUUUUCAAUAUUUUAUGUAUUUUAAAUUAUUUUUAUUUUCUUGUUUAUAAAUAAUACAUCAAUCUUAUAGUAUAGCAUGUAUAAAUCAGUAAUUUAAUUCUGAAGUUUCAUUAAGAUUUUAUCUUGUAAGUAUUAUAAUUUAAAAUUAAUAGUAAUUAUAAAAAUUAUAAUUUUAGUUACAUUACAGUAAUUUAUAAUUUAAUAAAAUUGAAAUAAAAUAAAUAGUCCUUAAUUUUUUAAAUAUUUGAUGAAUUAACAUAUUUAUUUAGUACAUUCAAAUUACAACUAGUAUAAUAUGUAUAUACAUAUAUACAUAUAUAUAUAAUUUAUAUUUUUUAAUGCAAUUAGAAAAUAUUUAAUUUAAUUAAUAUAUAUUAAUAAUAUAUUAAUAAAAUUAAAAAUUUUUUAUAAAAACUUAAUAUGAAGUAUGCUUGUUAUAUAUGUUAUAUAAUUAUUGAUAAAUAAUUUAUAUUUCCUAAAAUAAAAUGCAUAUUUGAUAAUUUGUUUAUUUUAAUGUGUAAACAUAUGUACCAUAUGUAUGUAUGAAAUAAUUUAUUUUGUUAUGUCAGAAUAGAUAUAUGUUAAAUUUGUUGUAAUGAUAUUUAAAAAUUGUUUAAAUACAAUUAUGUUACAAAAUAAAUGAAAUAAAUUUUCUUUAUCGAUUCUUUUGACUGUGUUUAAUAAAAAUAUAUUAUUUUAUCUUAUAGAAACAAUAAACAUAUUUAUUAGUACUGGAGUGGUUUGGAGUUGUCGGUUUGAAACCGACAGUUAAACAUCUUAUCACCACGUAUUGUAGUGAUACCCUGAGGCGUUUGUAACCUCUCUGGGUAGUUAUGUGAUUUGUGGUUGGUAAGUAUAAAAAUUAUAUUAAAUUCUUUUUUUUGCAUUGUACAGUUUAUUAUAAUUUAAUAAAAUUAAUUUGUGUUAAAUAUUUUCCUUUUUCCUUUUUUCAUUCAAUUAAUAUCAAAACAUAAUAGUAUAUGUUAUUCUUUUAUUAUGGGAAAAUAAAUAUAAAAAUAAUUUUUUAUCAAUUUGUAUUAUUACUAAUGUAUUAUUUUCUUUUUUAAUAAUAAAUAGGUUUAUUAUAAUAUAUAAUAUAUAAUUAUAAUAUAUAAUAGGUUAUAUUUAUAGGUUUAAUUAAUAGGUUUAUAAUUAAUAGGUUUUUAUAAUAAAUUAAAUAAACAAUUUUUUAAAAUUAUAAUAAUAAAUUAAUUUAUAAGAUUUUAAAUGAAUUUGAUGUGUAUAUGUUUGUGUAUUUAUUGUACAUUGUAGUCAUGGCGGCUGAUAGUGAUGGUGAUCUAAUUCAAACAGUCAUAACUUGUGAAGGUAAUCUAGAAGAUCCAGAGUUUCCACACAAAUUUAAAAUCAUUGUUGAUCAUCUUAAAUCUUUGCUUUGCAAAGACAAAGGGGAUGAUUUAAGAGUGAACAAAAUAGAGCCAUGGAAUUCUGUCAGAGUCACAUUUUCAAUACCCAGAGAAGCUGCAUUACGUCUUCGAGAAUUAGCAGCUCAGGGUUCUCCAACACUUACACAACUUGGAAUUCUUUCAGUGCAGGUUGAAGGAGAUCAGGUGAUAUCACUGAGGAUAGCCAAUCGCUUUAGUGGAGAAGCACAGGAAAUUGUAUUACGUUCAGGACCCUCUCAAGACAGUGGUGCCAAAUCUCAAAAUGAACCCACUAGCAAUACAUCUAAUGUGGAUAAUGAAUCUUCAACAGCUUUACCCGGUCCAAGUAAUGCAUCUAGUAUUUCUUCAGCAUUACGUAAUGUGGCUCAACUAAUUGCAGCUGGCACAUCAUCGGAAAAAACACCACAGUUUCGUUCUCCAAAUGUAGUUGCACCUACAGACUGUGAUCCUAUUCCACCUUUCCUUGCAAAAUCUGUACAGUCAGCAUCAAGCAGUAACAAUGUUGGUGCCUCUGGAAAUCAAUCAGUAACCAAUCCCAGUGCUUCACCUAGGAAUAAUUAUAAUGGUCCAUUCCCAUUUGCCAGUAUGACACAUGCUGCCCAAGCGAUACAUAAUCGUGAAUCACAAGCAACAACGAUUAAAAAUGCAAUGCAAUUUAAACAUCAUGUACAGCCACCUCCGCCUUAUCCCGCUCAAGAGAAUUUAACGACAGCAACAACAUUAACUGCUGGUCAUACUACUACUCAAUCAGUUGCAUCGGUUGGUCAGUUAACGAAUCAGUACAAGUCUUCAAUUACCACCACAUCUAGUCUGUCACCAAACAAUAAUAAUCUGGCAGGGAAUUCAAAUGGCAAUGGAAAUCAAGUUGCUUUGUCCAGUCCACUUCUUGUAAAUCUCUUGCAAAAUGAUGCUGCUACACAUCCGAACAAUGUGAUGCCUGGUCAGAAAAUGUUACAGCCAGUUAUUGAUAAUUCUGGACUUACUAAUCGUAUGAGACCCACCAAAAAACCAACAGUUAGAAGAAAAGAUUUAUCUUCACCUACCGAAUCACCACCGAAUUUAGAUUCUCUUAGAACGGAAGAUCUUAUUGGAGGAACGGCAGCCAUUCCUGACUUAUCUCAAUCUUCUACAUCUGCAUUUGCGACUGUUAAUGCUAAUCAGCCUUCAACUAUUCCUCAACAACAUCCAGUUAAUGUAAUUAGUGGUACUGCGCAAAAUAUAGCGCAGCAAGCAAUGCAUCAAGCUUCUGCUAGUGGACAAAUACAGCAAUCUGCAUCGUCAUUGCAUACACAAGUACAAAUACAGCAAAAGUUUCCCAUCAGACAGGAAUUGGCUUACAGACCUUCGCAGGUACAAUUACAGGGUCAACUUUCGAUUAGACAUUCGAUAAACGGACAGCAAAUUCGAACACCUUUACAACAACGGCAGUUAUUACUUCAGCAACAACAGCAACAUCAAGUUCUAUCUCAACAACAGCAACAACUAAAUCAACAACAAAAUAUGAAUACUCCGCAUCUACUUACACAACAGAUUUCAACUCAACAACAAUCUUUGGUACAACCGCAAAAUGUAAAUACAUCAUUACAAUCUAUACCUGUUUCCAGUCAACAACUUUUGCAACAACAACAACAACAGUUGAUGCAACACUCAUCAGUAGGCAUGAAUGUGCCACAACAACGGCUAAGUUACUUAAACAAUCAGCGUCAGCAAACUCCUCCUCCUUAUGUGCGACAACAGGUUCCACCACAGUCCCAUUUAGGACAACAAAAUCAAGUAAUAAAUGUGCAACAACAAUUACAUCAUAAUCAACUCAAAAACAUUAAUGUUAACACUAACGCCACGAUCGAUUUUCGAUAUGGUCAAAGUCAAAAUAUUUUAAGCAGAAAUUAUCAGGCUACAACUAGUAAUGCUAAUGGGACCACGUGGAAUGCACAAAAUAACUCAAUUCCACAAGGUGCUCAGGUCACUACUACUCGUCUGCCAACUACGAAUCAGGUUUCAGGUGCCUUUUCUCAAUGUGGAUCUCAUGCUAAUCAUGUUUCUAAUAGUAAUGUUACUUCACCUGCUACUAAGGUCGAAACUUCCGAAUCUCCUAAGCCUAAAGAAGAGACGCCUGAACCAGAAUAUACAUCGACUGGUAAAAUACGACAGUUUCUUAUUAACCCUUUAACAGGGCAUUUGGAGCCAAUGCCUAGUGAGAGUUCGGAUUCAGAACCAGAGAGUGCAGUUGACAACCAAGAUGAUUUCUUUCCUUUUCCAUCUCCAUCAAAUGAUCGAUCGAAUUCCAUAUUUUCCGACGAUGAUGCAGACAGUAAUUUCUCAAGAAGAAACGACACAACAACAAAUACAGAUCAAUCGGAUUCCGAAACCACAGUGAAAUCUACUGCCAGUGAAGGAAGUUUGAAACAUAGUAGAAUAAAAUCUAAUAGAGAGACCGCACAAAGUCCGAUGCCUGGAGAAAAAAUCAAAUUAAGGCUAAAGUUAGAAAAAUCUGAGCCUGUUACGCCAGCUUAUAAAGUUGAUGUUUCAUUUGUAAACACACCACCGAUUAGAAAAGCCGAUAAAUCGGUAAAUAAAAUGUUUACCACUGGUAUUCCCAACUCAGGGACUGGUGAUGAGCCAAGAGUGCCUCCGUUACAUAUUUCUUUAAGAGGACGUAAUGCUUCGGUAGUACACAUCAGGAAAAAAGAAAGGAAAUCGCUAAAAGAUGGUACUUCAUCCGCAUCCAAAUUACCCUUGUCUAAUUCUACGAUCAUCAAUAGCACUAAUUCUAUUAGCAAAGUGAAUAAUAUACUACAAACAGUUGUAUCAAAACCUAAUGCCUUAAAACAAGAAUUAUCCAUGGAUGUUGUACGCGUGCAAACUGGUGUUACAAAACCGAGUUCAAGUAAAAAUAGUGAUGUCGAUGAUAUACCGUUAAACAGUCGGAUACCAUCCCCUUCAAAACAUAAAACUACUAUUUUGAAUCAACCUCUAAAUACACAACAAUCUUUAACAAAAAGUCAAGUUGAAUUAGAUGUUCAAAAUCAUAUACAAGAGCAUAAAAUAGGAGGAGGAAAAACUAAAAGAAGAGAUUCUAAAAAGAAAUCAGAAUCGGGAGAGGGUUUACAUCGUGAACAAAAUUUGUUGUCUGGUGGCAGAAUCUUGGAUAAUCAAGCAAAAUGGAGGAAACUUAAUUAUAAAGGUGAUUCAAACCAAGCUAUAAGAAAAGCUGAUACGCUUUUGGCCAGCAAUGAUUUCAGUGCUGUUAAGAAAGUAGGAGAAAUCAGAAGAACAAGUGAUAGUGAAAUUACUCGCUCUGUCAUUGAAAAGAAUAAUACUUUAAAUGCUGUUGCUUCACGAUUAACAGAAGUAAAUGGCGUAAAAAAGGAUUUAAUUAGUCAAGAAAAGAGAAGAAGAUUAAGUUUAAUGGAUGAAAAAGAUCUGCAUUUAGGAGAAUCUCAAGAUGCAGAAGUUACACAUUUUAAUAGUCAGAAGACCAUUUCUGAAUGCUCUUCCGCCAGUCCAGUUCCAAAUACAAAUACGAAUAUAAAUACAAAAUCUACUAAUAAUUCACCAUUUGAGAAUGAAAAUUCUGGGUUGGUACCUCCAACUAUACCACAGACUGAUUCAAAUCCAUCUACUAAUAUUGAAAAUAAAGUAUCUACACAUGUAGAAACUGCUGUUAAAAAUACACAGUCAGCUGUAAAUAGGAUUAUUUCUGGAAAAAGUAAAACAGAAACAGAUAAUUGCAAAACAAAUUAUAAUAUUAUAGCAAAAAGCCAAAUUAGUCAAAAAUUAAAACACCAUAUGAUUUCAAAAAAUGAUGCAAAUGCUACCAUUAACAGGUAUAAUAAAGUAGAACAUUUUGGCCAUAAAAAAGUGAUUCAAAAUCAUAUAAAACAACCUGAUCGAUCCAUGGUGGAAACUAAGGUGGAUAACGCGCAAAGAAUUAGUUUACUGAAAACUUCACAAAGUUCAGCAAUAGGAAACUCAGUGGACCAAGUUCCCAGAUCCCAAAGUGUUGAUGUACCUUCCAGCAAGCCAUCUUUACCAAUUGGAGAAAUUAAUGUAACAGAAGCAAAAGUUAAGCAAAAAUUACUUGAGACUACAGUUCCAAUUGCGAUUGGAGUAGAUGCAAGUGUAGAAAGAGUCAGCAGUGGAGGAGGUGGUGAAGAUUCAGGUAUUGAGUCAAUGGAUGCUUUGUCAGAGAAAUCACCGAAUCAAGGGGAAUCUCCUUUGCAUAGACCAGCGACUGAAUCAGUAUCACAAGGCAGUGCAAAAACUGCUGUUCAAGGGGAAUCUUCCCUACCAAUCACCAAUAAGAACGUGCCUUCCUCAACUAGUAGUAGUGAUAUGUGUUCAAAUUCCCAUUCGGAACUUCUAAAGUCCAGUGGCCCGCAAAGGUUAAGUCCUGUAUCUGUAGCAAGUUAUCUUGAAAAUCAUUUAAAUCGCAAUAUAUCAAAUUCCAGUGAACAUGACAUGAAAAAUAUAUCUAGUGAAAACUCAAGUUCAACAACACAAAGAACUGGUGGUCAUAGUGACUUGAUUCCUAGUUUAGAAGUGACUGAUAAAAGUGUAUCCAGCCCUCUAGUGACAGGAUCUGUGACUAUUGUGACUACUUCUGUACCCAAUACUGUGGAUAGUGAUAACUUAUUGCAAUGCGCACAGCAAAAAGCGAAUGACUUUUCUGAAACAGACAAUUCUAGCGUUAAAUUAGAAGCUUCUAUCAACCAGCAUGAUCAGGGUAAGACAAAUAUUAAACAUGAAGUGUCAAGAGCCCCAGAAAGUGCUUCUGAAGACAAUGUAAAAACAGUCAUAGAUGGUAAUAGUGCAAUUAGAUUAAAUGAUGAACCUCAUGGACAAAAUAAUAAUGGUGUGCCUGUAAUACAAAAUCAUGUUGCUUAUAAUAAGGUAAAGACAGAAAAGCUUGAUACUACAGUUACAAAUGAGUCUAAUGUGGUGGUAGAUAAUCCAUGUUCCAUUAGUCAGAGUUUUAGUUCUGAAAUCAAAGUAGAAUCUAAUGUCAAUGAAAAAAUUGAUGACACAAGGAAAAAUGAUCGAUCAGAUAGUACGAAAAGUUCGAAUAUUUCUUUAAGCGCAACACCUGUUAAAUUAGAACAAUGUUCCGAUCAAAACCAAAAAUCUAAUGUACAAAGCCAUCAACAAGUAUCUGUUAGAGAGCCUUCUAUGAAUCUUCAAAAAGUUGCUGAUGAUUUGGUUAAGAAAAUUGUAAAUGAUGCAAGUGAUAUAAAUAUAGGUAUUCAGUCACCUCUUGGUGAAGAUCCUCAGCCAAUUAGAAUUACCCCACCACUGUAUACAUACUCUAAUCCAGUAGUUUUACAAAGGGAUGAGACUCCAAGCCCAGCAGCACAAAAUCCAGAAGUGGAUUCCAGCGAUGUAGAACAUGUGAAAAGGAAACGUAGGAGAAAACAAGAAUUAGAAGGACGACAAGAUGUCAUAUGUAUAGAAGACAGCGAUGAAACACAAUUUGUAGAAAGAUUAACUUCAAAUAAUGCAGAUGACUAUGUUAAAAGACCACCAAAGUCAUUGCUGGAACAACUUCUAAUAGAAAUACCAAAUGACACCAAUGAAAAAAGAUCUUUAAGAACUAGAUCCCAGAAAUUAAACAGUCCUGAUAUUGCAAAGACUCCAAAAAGUAGUCCUCAUGGUCCUAAUAAAUUAGAGGAAAGACGCAGUAUAUCACCAUAUGCUAAAGCAAGUCCUAAAUUGGGAGUAUCUAAAUUAUCUCCUAAUACGACAAUAAAAGUGGGAAAAAGAAAACGCCAAGAAAGUGAAAGUUCUGUAGCAUCUAGUACUGCUGAUGAUCCACAACCAAGACCAGGGAAACGAAAAUGUUCAGAAAACGCUGCAGAACUUAUAAAAGCUUGUAUGGGUGUUGAUGAAGCUGCUUUAAAAAAACAAGUACCUGUUAAAGAAGAACAGCCAAAAAAGGGAUUCAAUAUACUGGCGAAGGCUAAAAAAGGUCCCAUUGUGGUAGAAGUAGAUUCGUCUGAUGAUGAGCCAUUGAUUGAAUCUGUAGGAAAAGCAAGAAUGCGAUUAUCAGACGAAACAUCCGCUGCAUCUCCAAAGUCUAAAGAUCAAAAAACAAAUACAAGCACAACUGUUUCUGGCAGUCAAAUUAAUUCCAGUAAUAUAUCAAAUUUCAAUGCCAGUAAUAGAGUGCAAAGAGAGAGCCGUUUGUUAACCACCAAACAACCGAAUACAACCACGGUAGUUCCCGUUGGAAAGGAAAGGCUACGUGGUACAUCUGUAUCCAAUAAUGAAUCCUUAGGAGAAGUUACAACGAGAAGAUCUGUUCGACAAAACACAGCUUCGCCAUUAGCAACACCAGCAAGCAAUACAAGGGGUGCAUCUAGAUCCACAGAAGAUAUUACUAGACGGAAAACUCGAAGUGGUGCUGACACCUCGUACAGCGGGAACAUUGUUUUAGUAACAGCUGAAGCAACAGAGCAGGCAAAACGGAGGCGAAUAUCCCGAGAAAACAAAUGACCUUCGGGAAGUGACCUUGACAGUGAUUAGCUACCGUCGCUUGUCAAGGCCUGUAUGACUGACUGUGUAUCUCUUAUAAAUGGUUAUGUGAUCGCCGUGUGGCUGGACCCCACCUGGUGAAACUGCAUGCGUCAAUACCGCACAAUGCUGCUGUAUAUAACAGGAGUAUCGUGUUUAGAGUGCUGGAUGGUAUUUAAAUUUUUUGUUGCAAUAGAGAGUUUCAUUAAGUUAAAUGUGUAAGAUUAUGUUUCAUAAUAUUAACGCGAAUAUUUGAAGUAAAUUUAUAAAUAUUAGAGUAUUGUAUUGUUAUGUUUUUAAAUGUUUAAAGUAUUCAUUGCAAAAGCAAAAAAAUAAAAAGCACUUCAAUAUCUUUUAUUACCGUCUAAGCGUUCUCAAUUACACUUUACUCCUAAACAGCAAAGUUUAGUUACUCAGAAUAAUCUGCUCAACGCAUUAUACUUUAAUCUAAGUAACUGAACUGAUCCAAAACUGCCGAGUUAAUGUGCAACUUUCUUUUGCCAAACUUUUAUGAUUCUAUUCUUAAUUCAUUAAAAAAAAAAAUCUAAAUGAAUAGUAUUAUUUAAUAGUAAUUUUGUAAAUUAUGUUACACCAUUGAUAUGUACAAAAUUUGACAUAUUAAAAAUCGGUUAGAUUUUAGAAUACUAAUUGCAAUAUUAAUUGAUUAUUUAAUCAAAAUCAAAAAGGAUUGUAGAAGCGAUAAAGCAUAACCAAUUUUACAUUUAAAAAAUAUUUCGUUAUUAAUAUCGUUAUUGGUUCUUAUCUAUACAGAUAAUAAUGGUAAAAGAAAGUCGAAAUUUUUAAUGCAUUAAAAUGAAAUCCGACUGUACUGCCAUGAAUAAUGUACAUUUCUCAAGGACAAAUUUCAUUGAUUGGUGGGGCUUGAGUCGCAACUCUGACGACUUCGCUGAUAGACUUUGUUUAACAAUAUUUACUUUAUUUUGGCUUGUCUGUUGCAUAAAUAUUUUUCUACAUAAAUAGCUAUAUGUAACUGAAAAAUAGUAACUCCGCUCUAACUUUAUAGUUUCUCCUUUCUCCUCCAUCAAUAUCUUAAAUUUUUAAUAUUUAUUUAAAUUUAUAUACAUAAAAAAAACUUUUAUGACAUAUUCGUAGAACUUAUACCUUUCUACAAAUUUAUUUAAUGGUAAAGUUGUAUGUUAUAUGUUAUAUGUUAUAUGUAUAAUUUUACAAAAUUUCUAUUUCCUUCAUCUGAAUGAACAUAGUCUUUCAGCGGGAAGUCUGUCUUGAGUCAUAAUAUUGCAAAAGGCAGAGGUGGUAUAGAGUUAUUAAGAAGGAUUUAUUUUAUUUAUAAAACAAACAGAAUGUUGGGAUAAAUCGUGCAUAAAUAUACAGAAAUAUACAGAAAUAAUAGAAAUAAUUAUGAUAGAAAAACGAAUAAUACAAUGUUAAUUUGAUAGGUAAUAUAUAAAUGAAUAUAUUUUGUAAAUAACUUCUUGUAAAGAUGAAAGCACUCUCAUUGUACAUAUAGAAACUGUUUAAAUUUUUAUUAAAUUAGUGAUAAUUAAAGUUGUGCAACAUUGUCAUACUAUUAAUUAUUUUUUGUGAUUGUGCACUGAGAAUACUAGGAGCACUUUUGGCAUCACUUAAAAAAUAUAAAAAUGUGUACACAUAAAACAUAUAUAUAAUAUAUGAUGUACAUGAACUACUGUAUAUGAACAAUUGUUUUUGUGAACAGAUAAUCUAGUUUUAUAUUGUAUAAAUGUAAAUUAUAUAGUUGAGAGUUGGAAUUUCUAAAUGAGCCUGUGAUAGCCAUCAUAGCAUUUUUUAUAUUAAAAAUUUGCAUUUAAAAUGUCACAGUAAUGUAUAUUCGUUUGUUCCGUAACUCUACGUACGUUCCAUUACUUAUAAAGAAAUGAAGAAAAUAUUAUAUUAUGAUUACUUUAACAUUUCCAUUAUAUAUGAUACUUUUAAAAUAUGAUACUGAUAUAAUUGUAUUCUUUCAUAAAUGAAUAAAUCCUGAGUUUGAGUUAAAAUUAUUCAAGGAUUUUAAAGGAUUUUAUUCAAGGAUUUUAUUUUUCCCUAACAAAAUUUCUUUCUCUCUCUCUUUCUCUGUUAUUUUUAAGUUUUAUGAAGAAUCGUAAAUAAAAUAUUUUCUUCAUAUUCUUUAUUACAGCUUUGAUGGCUAUCAGGUAAUAUAUAUUUAAAAAACUAUUUCUGUCAUAUGAAUGUUGAGUACUGAAUUUAAUAAUAUUUUAAAUAGGAAAAAUUUUAACAAAUUUACCUUCAUUGACUGAAAUUACACUACUGUGGAUAAUGAUUAUGUUAAAAUUUCUUCUAUUUUUAAUAUUAAGAUAAAUUAUUUAGUUAGAAUAUUGCUUGUUUCACAAGAUUUAUUUCGACAGAUCUUGGAUCAUAUAUUGUAAAUAGUAGCAUGCUUAUUUUACAUGGUGGGAAUUUAUGCUGUAUAUAAAACAUAUAAAGAAAUGAACCUUCAAAUGCGUUUAAUUUGAUUCAGCCCUACAUUAUAAUGGAAUCACACACAAUGUAAAGUGUAGUAAUUUAAUCGUACAAUUUAAGAACAAACAAGAAAAAAAUAAAUUGUAAUUUCGAUGUAAAAUAUUCUCUUUAAAAUUAGAUAAAUAAGUUAGGAAUUAUUAUGUUACAAUUUUAUCAUUGAAUAUUACAUUUAUAUGAUUGUAUAGAUUACAAAGAAAGUAAGCUUUGCGUGUAAAUAUAAAUAUUUUAAAAAUAAGUAAAUCUUUCGCAUGUUUACAUAAUUAAGGAGCUUCUAAAGAUUGUCUGCCAUAUAAUUACAUAUAUAGUAUGUAUGUAUUAUAAUACAAAUAAUACUGAUACACCAAAGAUCAUAAGUUGAUUGUAAUAUGUAACAAUUGUUGAUAUUCAACACACUUAAAAGAUGGUGUAUUUGUAACGCUCAAUAAAUAAUUGGUGUUUAUAGUGUGCUUCAUAAACACGUAUAAUGUACCAUCAUUUUCAUGCAGACUAUAAUAAUUAUACCAAUUAAAAUGUUCACUUUUGUGUGCUCAUUUGUAUGUAUGUAUAACGAAUGCAUUACAAGCUCCUUAAUUUUGUUUGCAAUGCCACGAAUAUUCUAUCAUGUAUAUGAAUAUGCGUUUUAAAAUCACCAGCUCGAAUAUGAAACUUGAUGACUUUAAAACCUGCUGUAUGCAAAACAUUUGUAUUUUUAGUAUUUGUUUAAUUGAUAUAAAUAGCAGUAAAAGUAAAUGAUUGAUAAUAAUUCAACUGGAUACAUAAAUAUAUAAAUAUAAAUAUAU